UUAAGUGUGACAUAACAGUUGAAAGAACAAGGAUACACAGCAGGAAAGGUACAGCUUCAGGACCAGACAAGUGAAUGGAUACCUUUUGUAGUCUAAGUGGACUUGAUCCUCUGUGGGACUGGAACCAGACAUGGUACACGCAUAACCCUGAACUGAGCGACUGCUUCCAGAACACAGUCCUGGUGUGGGCUCCAUGCAUUUACCUGUGGGUCUUCUCUCCAUUCUACUGCCUUCAUUUGUACUGCCAUGGCCAAAGUCGUCUGCCCCUCUCUUCGCUCUGCAAUGCUAAGCUGUUGUUGGGGUUCUUCUUGGCAUCCUUUGGUUUUGUGGAAUUCUUUUACAUCCUGUUGGAACGAAGACAGCAAAUCGAGCAACACCUUGUCUUCUUGCUCAGUCCCAUCAUACGCAGUCUCACCGUGGUGUUAGCUGUGUUUGUGAUUCAUUGGGAGAGAGUGCGGGGAUGCCGUUCCUCUGUCUUCCUGUUCUUCUUCUGGCUGUUGGGCGUGAUCUGCUCCCUGAUUCCACUCCACGCAAAGAUCCAGCUGGCUCUAGAGCAGGUGAGAGAAAUGACACUGACGCAGGCCCCCCAAUUCGAGGAAGGUCUCUCUCCAGAUAUUGUGCGGUAUCUGGCCUUUUUCUCUUACUUUGCCCUGCAGUUGGCACAGCUCUUUCUUAGCUGUUUUGCAGACCGGGCAUCCUCAGGCAAAGCUGUCUUCAAGAAUGCAUGUCCUGUUGAUGAUGCAUCAUUCUUGUCCAAGAUCCUCUUUUGGUGGUUUAGCGGGUUAGUUUUGAAGGGAUACCGUUCUCCACUGCAAGCAGAAGAUCUGUGGUGUCUGAGGAAAGAGGAUACAUCUAAGAGAAUCAUAUCCGACCUGGAGGAAGAAUGGACAGCGGAGCGCACCAAGUUACAGCAGCAAGAGAACCACCUUAGCACCAGUAUUGCCUUGGGAUCUCGACUACCAGACCAGGCUCAACUUCUCAGGAAGAUCCAGAAAGAGCAGAGUUCAGGAUUCUGCCUCUUACGAACACUAGCGCGUAGCUUUGGACCCUACUUCCUUACCGGGACACUGUGCCUGAUGAUGCAUGAUGCUUUCAUGUUUGCAGUUCCACAGGUUCUAAGUCUAUUGUUAGGCUUUAUGAAGGACGAGGAAGCUCCGCUAUGGAAAGGAUAUUUCUAUGCCUCUCUUAUGUUCCUACUCUCCUGCCUGCAGUCUGUCUUCAACCACCAAUACACAUACACCUGCUUUACUGUGGGCAUGCGGGUGAAAACAGCUGUCAUGGGUCUGGUCUACAGAAAGUCUCUUGUCAUGAAUAGUGGAGCACGCAGAACAUGCACAGUGGGGGAAAUAGUGAAUCUGGUCUCUGCUGAUACCCAAAAGUUAAUGGAUUUUGUGGUAUAUUUCAAUGCAGUGUGGCUGGCGCCCAUUGAGGUCACACUCUGUCUCUUCUUUCUUUGGCAGCAUUUAGGACCAUCGGCUCUUGCGGGCAUCGCCGCAGUGAUCCUCAUUUUCCCUUUGAACGGAUUCAUUGCAAGGAAGAGAAGCAAACUCCAGGAGAUACAAAUGAAGUACAUGGAUGGACGGGUCAAAUUAAUGAAUGAGAUUCUGAAUGGUAUUAAAAUCUUGAAGUUCUAUGCUUGGGAAAAGGCCUUUCUGGAGCAGGUCCUGGGAUACAGAGAGAAGGAGCUCAAAACUCUGAAGAAAUCGCAGAUCUUAUACUCAGUGUCCAUUGCCUCCUUCAACUCCUCGUCCUUCCUGAUUGCUUUUGCUAUGUUUGGAGUUUAUGUGCUUAUUGAUGAUAAGAAUGUUCUGGAUGCUCAGAAAAUCUUUGUGUCAAUGGCUAUCAUCAACAUCCUGAAAACUCCACUGAGCCAGCUUCCUUUCGCCAUGAGCACAACCUUGCAGGCUGUCGUCUCUCUCAAGCGUCUGGGGAAAUUUCUCUGUCAAGAUGAGCUCAAACCAGACAAUGUAUCUAGAGAUCCAUUUAAAUCCGGUGAGGAUGGUUUAGUGUUUGAGAAUGGAACUUUCAGCUGGUCAAAAGAUGGCCCUCCAUGUCUAAAAAGGAUCAGCGUUAAAGUUCCCUGUGGUUCACUGGUUGCUGUCGUCGGCCAUGUCGGCAGUGGAAAAUCCUCGCUGCUUUCUGCCAUGCUCGGAGAAACUGAAAAAAGAAGCGGGACUGUCUCUGUCAAGGGCUCCAUUGCUUACGUUCCCCAGCAAGCUUGGAUCCAGAAUGCCAGCCUGCAGGACAACAUUCUGUUUGGAAAGGAAAAGAAAGAAAGUUGGUACCAGCGAGUGCUGGAGGCAUGUGCCCUGCUACCUGAUCUAGACAACCUGCCUGCAGGAGAUGCCACUGAGAUCGGAGAGAAGGGUAUAAAUUUGUCCGGAGGGCAGAAACAGAGGGUGAGCCUAGCACGUGCUGUUUACCGAAAAGCUGAUGUCUAUCUACUUGAUGACCCUUUGUCUGCUGUGGAUGCACAUGUUGGUCAGCACAUCUUUAACAAAGUCAUUGGACCCAAGGGCAUACUAAGAGACAAGACACGGGUUUUGGUGACCCAUGGAAUGAGUUUCUUGCCUCAGGCGGAUUUGAUCCUGGUUCUGGUAGAUGGGGAGAUCACAGAAAGAGGCUCAUAUCAGGAGCUUUUGAACCGGAAUGGUGCUUUUGCUGAUUUCAUCCACACCUUUGCAAACUCUGAAAGAAAAGAGUGCCUUUCAGAGGCCUUUAAAAGAGGCUCCAGAAAGUCCUUAAGAUUAAGUGUUGCAGACUUCAUGCCGUUCUCCAGGGAUCUGUCCCAAGAGCAGCUCAUUGGUGGUGACACAAACAGCAUUACAAUGCAGAGCGUCGAGCCGCUACCCGAUUCUGAUGAGGACCAAAUCCCAGAAGACCUAGGGAAACUGACUAAGGUUGAUAAAGCACGGAUAGGCAGAGUCAAACUUGAGAUGUACAUUGAAUACUUCCGCACCAUUGGUUUGCCUUUGAUAGUUUCCAUAGUAUUCCUCUAUGCCUUCCAACAAGCUGCAUCUCUGUGUUAUAAUUACUGGUUAAGCUUGUGGGCUGAUCAGCCUGUCAUCAAUGGCACUCAGUUAAACACAGAUUUGAAACUGGGAGUUUACGGAGCGCUCGGUUUUGCUCAAGGAAUCGCCAUAUUCGGUACUACUGUGGCCAUCUCCUUAGGGUGCAUCAUCGCCUCCCGUCAUCUUCACCUGGAGCUUCUAAACAACGUACUUCACUCCCCCAUGUCGUUCUUUGAGUCCACCCCAAGCGGCAACCUCCUCAAUCGCUUUGCGAAAGAGAUAGACGCCAUAGACAAUAUGAUCCCAGAUGGGCUAAAAAUGAUGCUGAGUUACUUCUUCAAACUAAUGGAAGUCUGUAUUAUCGUGCUGAUGGCCACUCCUUUUGCUGCUGUUAUCAUCCUCCCUAUGGCAUUCCUCUAUGCUUUUAUACAGAGUUUCUACGUGGCCACAUCUUGCCAACUGCGGCGGUUGGAGUCAGUGAGUCGCUCUCCCAUCUACACACACUUAAACGAGACUGUGCAGGGUGCCAGUGUCAUCCGGGCAUUCAAUGAACAGUCACGCUUCAUCAUGGGUGCCAAUCACAAGGUGGAUCAUAACCAAACUGCUUACUUCCCCCGUUUUGUAGCCACAAGGUGGCUGGGUGUGAAUCUGGAGUUUCUGGGUAAUGGCAUUGUUCUUGCUGCUUCGAUUCUUUCUGUGAUGGCAAAAGGAACCCUGAGUCCUGGGAUGGUUGGUCUGGCUGUGUCACAUUCACUUCAGGUGACAGGAUUCCUGAGCUGGAUCGUAAGGUCAUGGACAGAUGUAGAGAACAACAUUGUGUCGGUUGAGAGAGUAAAGGAGUAUGCAGACACACCGAAAGAGGCAGCAUGGACCAUAGAAGGAAGUUCUUUGCCAACAUCUUGGCCUCAAACAGGGACAAUAGAGUUUCAUGAAUAUGGUCUUCAAUACCGCAAAGGCCUGGAGUUGGCCUUGAAGGGCAUCUCUGUCCGAAUCCAAGAGCGAGAGAAGAUUGGUAUUGUGGGAAGAACUGGUGCUGGAAAGUCAUCUUUGGCUCUUGGAAUUUUUCGGAUCUUGGAAGCAGCAAAAGGAGAGAUCUACAUUGAUGGAAUCAAUAUUGCAGAAAUCGGGCUUCACGAUCUAAGAUCCCGGAUCACCAUCAUUCCACAGGACCCAGUGCUGUUUUCUGGAUGUCUCCGAAUGAACCUUGAUCCGUUUGAUGCCUACUCUGAUGAGGAGGUGUGGAAUGCCCUGGAACUGGCUCACCUCAAAAACUUUGUGUCAAAUCUUCCAGAUAAACUCAAUCAUGAGUGCUCAGAGGGAGGAGAAAACCUAAGUCUCGGUCAGAGGCAGCUGGUAUGCUUAGCAAGAGCUCUUCUCCGAAAGACAAAAAUUUUGGUGUUGGAUGAGGCAACAGCUGCAUUGGACCUGGAGACAGACACCCUGAUCCAGUCUACCAUCCGCAGCCAGUUUGAAGAUUGUGCUGUUCUUACCAUAGCACACCGCCUCAAUACCAUUAUGGACUACACAAAGGUAAUUGUUAUGGAUAAGGGACAUAUACUGGAGAUGGAUUCUCCCACUAACCUGAUAGCAAAGAGAGGCCAGUUUUACUACAUGUGCAGAGAAGCUGGGCUCUUGUGAACUUGUGGACGGACACUGACAUCGGAAACCAACUGUCUUCUGGCGCCCCCUUGUGGUGAAAGCGAAGAACCUGCAGCCUCUCGGUAAUUCAUGUAAAAAGCACAGAGUGGACCUCAAAUUACCCACAAACUGGUGCUUCACAAGGGGAAAAAACUGGAGACUUGCAGUCCAAUUUUCACCACACCUACAUAUAGUGGAAGUGGUUAUCUUGAUAAAUUUUUACUAAAGCUAAGAUGUAACCAUCUACUCAGGUUUACUGCCUUCUCCAUGGGCAUAGUAACUCUAUGCAGCUCUUUAGGGAUAUGAGAAAAUACUUUACCAUUCCUGCUCAGAUUUCAGGUUCUCCUGUCAAAAGAUAAAGAUGCUUUUAACUUUGUUUGUAGGGUUACACAAUAGAAAGGUUUAGUUGAUUGAAAUCUGAAAAUAUUACAUCAAAUAAAAUGAAAGUAUCUUUUCCAACUAUGCAUUGAACCUAUGGUGAAAGAAUGUGAAAAGCUGACAUGCAAAAUAUAUUUUUUUACAAGUAACUUUGGAACAAAUCAAAGAAGGCAAUUCUAUAAGCUCUAGUAGUUCCAUACAAAGUGCUCUUUGUAGUAUUCCAGACUGUAAGUUAUGUGAAGAAUCAUAAAAAAAAAAAAAAGAGGACAAAUAUGUUUACAAACAUAUUGCCACAUAUACUUGACCUGAAAUUCCCUGAAAAAUACCAGACUCCCACUCAGACACCAGUUAAAGCUUUAACGAGAGGGUUUAGGGAGCAAAACAGUAUGGUCGCCCAAGUGGUUGUGGUGUUUGUUCGUUUCAGCCAAAGGAAACAUAAAAUGGGCAAUAAUGGCUGGAUGAAAGAACAUGCAAUCUGUACACUAUAAGAUGGUGUUAAUUAAACAUCUCCAUAAACUGCUGAAUGAUAAAAUAGUUGCAGUUUUAAUAUCUUAAGAAAUAUUGUUUACCUCAGUUUUAAGGCAAGAUUUUUAUUUAGCAGUGUUGCACUUCACAGAGUUCCCACUCUUUUCAAGGCACAAUUUUCCAGGAUAUUUCCAGGGCAUUUUGUGCCCAACGGGUGUAAUAUUUAAGCAAAAACACACAAGCGGUCAUGAUGUAUAUAGUGGUUACUGUAUGGAUAUUUUUCCUAAUUCUGUAUUCGAGAGUUUAAUAAAAUGUUAUUAUCAAAAUGAUGUCUAAUAAAAUCAGUUCAAAAAACUUAAAUCAAAUAAAAACAGAAUUAUUUUAAUUCAUUUAAUUUUUCAACAUAACAUUGCAUUGUUUUAUCAAAUGAAGUGUUUUUCCCCGAAAAUCUUCACAGCACUAUCAGAAACACACAAGAUACAAAUUACAGUAAAUAUUACAUAUUACAAAUAUUACAAUACAUUGUUGUUUUUUUCCCCCAUUUCACAUAUCCAUUUAAAUCGAGCUUUUAUUUUGCCAUUUCUGUGUUUUUGACCAUAGUCUCACUUCCAGAUAAAAGUUCGCUACAUGGCCAAGUGUGAUUAUUAAACCCCAAACAACGAGACACAUGCGCAGAGCGCGCAUGUUGAUCAUGAUGAUGAGGUGUUUUCAGUGUAUGAGCGGAGGCUUCACACAUUCACUUUAAAGCACGCAGCACAUGAAGAUUAUAUAUUAAUUGAAUUGCAGCCUUUUGCGGUUUAAUAAACUAGGACAUAUCAUGUUAAUGUAAUUAAUUGUGCAUUUAAACAUUUAUUUUCAUCCCCAAUAUAUGGCAUUUUUUACGACUAAUAUCAGUGAUUCAGUCCACAUAUAUUUACAAAAUGAAUUCCGAAGGUCUUUUUUUUAAUAAUUAUUUACAACUCAAAUGUUUUCUAGUUAACAUUACAGCAAAGUUGGAAUGAAAUAAAUAAUAUUUUGCACUGUAGCAUCAUCCUAUCAUUCAGAUUUGUAGUGCUGUUAAACUAUUUCAUCGGAGCAAAGCAGAGAUGACAUCAGCUGAGCAGAGAAUGUAUGUGACAGGGCUGUUCAUGACAAUCAACUGUUGAUGUUUAACAAUGUGAAGCCGCAGGUAGUGACAAAUCGUGUGUUUGACAUCUAUCCCGAGUCCCGAUCAUUACCAUAUUUCUGUGCAUGAAACAAAAACCUUGUUAGUGACAGUCAAACAGUUUUAAUAUUAUAAAUUAUUUUCCAGGACAUUCAGGUCAUUUUCUCAUUUUCCACGACUGGAAAACUGCAUUGCCAAAUUUCAGGAUUUCCAAGACGUGUGGGAACCCUGACUACAAUUUAAGAGAAAUCCCAAUGUUAUACAACUUCAGUUCUCUGUAACCGUUACUGUAGAUUUUUAGAAAUAUACUUUAAACUUAAACGUGGACACGAAAAGACAUUGCAUCUCAUAACACUAUGCAAAAAAGCUACGUGUGACAUGUACAUUAUUUUAUUUAUAUAUUUAAUCUUUGACACUUCAUCUCAUGUUUUGUAUGUUUAUACAUGUAAAUAAAGAAUUUUUGACAUCUUGUUAAAGGAUGCAUCAUUGUGCUUAUCAAAGAUUUUCUACAGUUUUAGACAUGCCAUCAAACAAUUAUGGACACAUUCUUUGGACAUGAUGAAGAAGCCUCACCAAGAAAUGAGUACCAAACUAUAUUUAUUGUUUACAGUAGUAAAGGACAACAAAACAAAUGUACAAAUCAGUACAGAAAGAUGCCAACAUCCGGAAAUCUUUGAGUCAACCCUUAAAAACCUCUCUCCCUGUGAACCGUAUGAAGUACAGUGGGAGGGGUAGCGAUGUUAAAAGAGAUUAGACCAGUCCUUGAGUGAUGGAUACAUUUCUGCAACAAAGCUUGAAAUGGUUCCCUUUUGUUUAGCUUCAAGAUCUGGUAGUAGUUUUGGGAUUUAAAAAGAAAAAAAAGGGACGUAUUGGUCUUUUAGGACAUUCCUGCCUCCUCUGUCAAGAUAUGGGAGAAAAUGGGAAUGGUAAAUGGAUAUAUUUCUACAGACAUUUUAAAAGUAUGAACUUAGAAGUCGUUGGUAUAAUCGUGCCCUUGUCAGACAAUCAGAGCACCAUCUUUGGGGUUUGGUCCAGAAGGUUUCUCUGCAAAUUGUGUCAUGUAGCGAGUCUCUUCACUUUUAAAUGACCAUCACAACAGUCCACAGUCCCGCUCUUGCAGUGAGCUCCAAUUAGAAGCAGCCCCAUUAAAAAAGGCAGAUGAAUACAACACUGGUUGAACUUAUUUCUACGACACAUACAGGCAAAUAGAAUCUGAGCUGAAACAGGCCUACUUAAAGCUCUUUAGAAUAAGGGGUGAAAAACAAACAAACACUAAGUGUCCCCCACCUUUUAUUGGGCGAGUAAACUAUGGGAGUCAAUUGUUCCAUUUUGGGCUUGUUCAGUGAAUUAGCUGAACAACAUUUAAUCCAGCGGUCUAACAGAUAGCAGACGAGGCUUGUGGACAAUUUGAACAACUACACCCUCUGGCAGACAUGUUGUGUUUGUUUUCCCACCACAGUAGCUGUCUAAACCAUGUGUUUAAAUAUUGAUCACAGGAAACACAUUUUGAUGCCCACUCUAGGAAAGCUAGAGACAACAAAAGAGAGAGAGAGAGAGAGAGAGAGAGAGAGAGAGAGAGAGAGAGAGAGAGAGAGAGAG